GUCGUGUACUUAUCCCCUUUUUAUUACUAGACCCUCAUAAAACUCUCAAUUGAAAAUUUUAAUUGGACAGACAAACAAAUCCGAAAACUAAAGAACCAUUUUUUUUGUUAAGUGUGCCCCAACCAAAACCUUUCAACAAAAAUUUUGAGUACAGAGGGAAUUGAAUAUCAAAAUUGAAUAUUGAAUUGAUUGGUCGUCUUGUAUUCAAUUUACAUCUAGCAUAUCAAUAAUGUCAUCUGUAGCUAAGACUGUUGCCACCAAGUUAGAUUGGACUAAGGUUAUUACCUCCUUAGGUUUAACCGGAUCAACUGCUGCCUCAUUAACUGCAUUCAAAAAGAGAAAUGAUGAAGCUAAAAAGGAAUACUUAACAUUAUCUUCUCAAUCUACUAAAGUUGAUUUUGCUCAUUAUAAAUCAGUAUUAAAGAAUUCUAAGGUUGUUGAUGAAAUUGAAAAGUCUGUCAGUUCUUUUAAACCAGUUACUUAUGAUGUUUCUAAAAACUUAAAGAGUAUUGAACUCUUUGAACAAAAGGCUAUUGAAAAUGCCAAAUUAACUGAAAAAUCUGUUCUUGAAGAAAUUUCUCAAUUACAAGCUACCCUUAAAGACAUUGAAAGUGCCAGACCAUUUGAUCAAUUAACUGUUGAAGAUGUUGCUAAGGCUAGACCAGAUUUAGAUGAAAAGGUUACAUAUAUGGUUAAGAAUGGUAAAUGGGAUGUUCCAGGUUAUAAGGAAAAAUUCGGUGAUUUAACUGUCAUGUAAGAAUGCAUCAAUUCCUUGCUCCAUUUAAUUCAUUAUAUCAAAAUAAAUUAUAUUACUUCGUCACGAUCUCAUAUUUUUAUACAGUACAUUAUAUCAUAAUAAAAUAUUAAAAAUAUUUAGAAUAUUUAUUUA